AGUCCAGCUCUAUCUGUGCUGGGGAAGGGACAGGCCUCGUAUUGAUCAGCAGGCUCAAACACAGGAUCUCACUGUCGAGACGUGAGGAUGCUAGCUUUUCCGAGUCGAUCGCGCCAGAGCUUUCUGAUUCUCUCUGCCGGAAUGGAGCACCUCUGUACGUAGAGAGACCCUCACGUGGGAGAUAAUAAAACACACAGAUGAUCCUGCUGAAAGAGAAUCACCAGUUUCUCAUAUAGCUUUUACCGACGUUCAAAUUAAUACGCAGAUAUAUAGUUAUAUUCCUUUGAUUUGUGGAAGCAGCGGUAUUAGGAGCAAUUUGUUGAUGAUCCUGCUAAAAGUGAAGCUCCAAUUCCUCACAUAGCCUUAACCGACAUUCAAAAUACGGAGAUAUAUAUAUAUAUAUAUAUAUAUAUAUAUAUAUUUAUUCAUUUGAUUUGUGGAAUCGGUGGUAUUAGUAGCAAUUUCUUGAGUGUUUUCGCACCGAGCCAAAGAACACUCAGAAGAGAGUGUGUGGAGACUUGGCUGUUUAUUGAGUGCUCAGAGACGUUUUCACAAUGGAUUUCAGUCGAGGUCGGAGGAGCAGUGAGGAAGGGAAGUCACUGACGGAAAGUUUCAGCGACGGGACGUCGAAAUUCUUCACGUCGAUGAUAGCCAAGAAGAACGGUCUGUUCAGUGAUAUCACGUCGAGGAUCGACUCCAUCACCAAGAACCCGACGAGCAGUGGUAGUGAGACGUCCAGCCCAGCUUCCUCCCCACCCCCCAGGACACCCCCACCCAGGCCUCGCCCCCCCAACAUAGCGAGAACAUAUUCAAGAAAGAGCAAGGACGGUGAGAAUGUGGUGACAAAAAUGUCAGAUUACAAACCUGUGAGUAAGACCGCAAGUUCCUCGGGAUAUUCAGAAAACAAUUCCACUGACGAACAGUAUGUCUUGAAUGGAAUGAACGUAAGUUUCGACGAGCCCAUAUAUAACAAACGAGAAAACCCCAUCGGUAGAAGUUGUUCAGAUAGCGAUUCAAAAAUUCCCACACACAAAGAACAACAACAACAACAACCACAUGUAAACUCUGUGCAACAACAAUCGCCACUCGUUCAAAGUGGAAUAAUAAAGGAGAACGGAUUUAAGGAGCAGUCGCCUGUUCCGGAUGAACGUGAUAACACAACUGCUGACGGACGGAUGGACAAACGGGCCCCGAAGCUGCAGACGAACCGCCGGUCUAGCACAGUGGAUGAGUUGUUGUUUGACGACUAUGUUCCUCCCAGUGACCUCGGACCUGACGAGGAUCCGGUGUUCAGGUCAGACAAGCCACUCCCCGACAACCUGAUCUCGUUUGACCCGACGGACGAUAAACACGACGAGACAGGUGAGAAGAACGGCACACCUGGCGAGACCGCCCACAGCAGUGGGUCGUCAGAGGAUAACGACAGCACGCGCAACUACUACGCCACCGCCAGCAUGGACUCAUCAGACGCCGAGUUCGGGGGCAUCCAGCUGCAGCGGUCGCAGUCCAUGGGCUCGGACAAGUCGUGGAGUUCCACCUACAGCAUCGACAGUCAGCCCGACGAGAUCACACUCGAGUGUAUGAGCUUCAUGAAGCAGUUCGUAGACAAGAUAUUCAACACAGAAGGAGGAAUUUCCCAAAUGGAGAAGGCGAAGUACGGAGAACUAUGCCAGCAAGUUCCUGGCAGACUUUGGUUCUCACGCUAUGUCAACUCUCAGCGAGUGAACAGCAAGCGAGUGGAUGAACAGACGUUUUUCCAGCUCAUUCAGUAUUUUGCCGUCUGCUUGUUUGAGUGCAACGAGGCCGAGGAUUACUCGCCUGCCAAGACCCUCAUGAACAUGUGCUUCACCUUCUUCUACGAGAGUCAUGGUCACCCAACUGACAUGGAUGUGAAACAUUUUCUAUACAACUAUUUGCGAGAUCAGCCAAUAUGGCAGUCACUGAGGUUCUGGAACGCUGCUUUCUUUGAUGCUGUGCAGGGCGAACGAUCACGCAAACCAAUGGCGACAUUUGAUACUGGAAGUGAUGCUAGAAACGAUGACAGACAUUUUCAAGAAAACAUCACAUUCGGACAACUGGGAACGUUCACCUGUAACAUGAGGGCGUUCGGACUGAGUCGUGAACUCUGUCUGGAGUUUCUCCGUAAACAGGCGACAAUCGCCAACCUCAGUGACGAACAAAUUCUUAUGCUGAGGAACAACAUUGACAAGUACAAGGAGCCAUGAGGUGGUGAACACGCUGACAUCUGGAGUUUAUCCAGACAGACGUAGAGUGUAGUGUGGCAAACAAGAUCAGUUUGGACCAGUUCUACACACUAGCUCAAUAUUUUCUGCAGAGCUACAUGUAUAUUGUGGAAUUAGGAAUAAGAAUAUAAUAAAUAGCUUAGUUUUUUCUUGUUUUUUCAUCUGUACUGUACUGCAAAUAUGUAAUUCAAAUUUUUCUGCAGAGGAAACCCAUCUCAUGGAUUAAAAAAGUAAAAAUAAUUGUUUUAUGAAUCAUGUCUUUCAUUUCUGAAUUUUUGGGACUAAAAUUAUUUGGCAAUCUAUGAAACAUUCAUGUGUCGGUGUGGGUAAUUUUUGGCAUGCUUCCAUCACAGAACUGUUCAAGCAUGCCUGUCAUGGGCACAACCUCUGACUUUGCCAGAGAGUUCUGUCCAAGACUUGGAGAAAGAUGAAUGACUUUUGUUGCAUUUCAUGGAUGGAAAGUGUAUUCAGCAGAUAAGGCAGUCUCUUGUAGAAUUGUGUAAUAUACUACUUUCUGAAAAACAGAUUCUGUUUAGCAAUUAUACGAUUCUUCUUUGGCUGCCGAGUGAAGCGUGUAUAAUGCCGAGAUGGAGUCUGACAUUAGGGAUGUCUGGAGCUGUUGUCAUAACAGAAUAAUUGAUGUGAGAAUCGAAGAGCUCAAGACAACACAGAAGAGAAGAAACAUGCACUGUAUGACCUGACUUAAUAGACACAUUUGUAACAUGUUGAGUAUUUUUAUUGUUCUAUACAUCUUCAAUAUAUACUGAAUGACAAAAAACAAAAAAACAAUGAUAAUUUUUGCUUGUAAAGAAUGGCCUGCAAUCAUCAGAUACAAUGUAAGCUGUAUACAAUACUUGUAUAAGCGAUUGUGAGCUGAAAAAUUAAUUUGUACCCUGUGCAUGGAUUGGACUGGUUUUCAUCCUAUUAAAAACCAGUCUAAUGAGUAUGUUAAUACCAUCAAAAACAUGCUUAGCUGCUUAAAGGGAAGGAUUUGUGAUUGUGUGCCAAAAUGAAUACUUGUAAAAUUUAUUUUCUGUUUUAAUGUACACAUAACAGGUUUUGGGAUAAAAGCACAAAUAUCAAAGAACUUUAUCAAUUUGUGAUUGAUCAUGGGGCUAUCGCUUUAUAAAUUGACAGGUGGAAGAAAGUUUAUGUAGUGUGUGGGUUACAGAAAGAUACUGGAAGAAAGUUUAUGUAACGUGUGGGUGAUAGGGAGAUACUGGAAGAAAGUUUAUGUAACGUGUGGGUGACAGGAAGAUACUAGAAGAACGUUUAUGUAACGUGUGGGUCACAGGAAGAUACUGCAAGAAAGUUGAUGUAAUGUGUGGGUGAUAGGAAGAUACUGGAAUGUUAAGAAUAACUAACAGAUAAAUAGAUUUAUUGAAGUUGUUAAGUUUAUUUCACAUGAAUUUCAUUAUUUAAUUUGAUGCAGAUAAAGGAUGAUUUUUGGAACUUCCAAGAUCAAAGUUCACCAAAUUGAAUUGUGGUGUGUGUGCGCAUGUGUAUGUUUGUGUGCAUGUCUGAUGUACAAUAUUACCAGUGUUUAAAAUGUUUAAAAGUCUGAGUACAGUCACAUUUGUAUUACCUGUUAACAAUAUUUUUACAUGUUUACUCACGUAGAAUAAGAAACAUGAAUAUUAAAAAUAUUUUGUAUCCAAAUGUUUUCUUCACAAAAGAAAUCCAUCAGCUUUGGAAUGAUACAUUUAAAAGCAGCUUGUUUCUGAAGAAUAAAACAUAAAAAAGCAAAUGUGUUUUUGAAGAAUAAAACCAACAGCACAUAUUUUUUGUUUGUUCAUCGUAAUUAACAGGUUUUUUUUAUAUUUUAUGUCAGCAUCUAGUGUCGAUGUGUAAUGAACAAUAUUAGGUUGUGUUAAGAAAUAAAUGUCAGAUAGUGAUCAUGUCUGGGCUGAGAUGUAAAGAUGACGUUAAACAGGAAUCUGUUUUUUGUAAUCAGCAUCUCCACGGAUAUUGUGAUUACUGUCCACAGCUUACAAGAUGUGUCAAAACAAACUUAACAGCCAGCAGUAUUAGCAGAGAAAAUCUUUGUAAUCAUCCAUUAAACGGUGAUAUUUGACUGAUAUUUGACUGAUAUUUGACUGGCAGUUGUUGUGGGCAGAAUAUUUACCUGGUUUUGUGCUUCCUCAAACUGGAACAAGAUUUACACAAACUGGAAUAUAAUUUGCACAAACUGGAAUAGUCAGCAGAAACUGGAACACAGUUUACACAAAUUGGAACACAGUUUACACACACUGGAACACAGUUUGCACAAAUUGGAAUACGGUUUGCACAAACUGGAAUACAGUUUACACAAACUGGAAUACAGUUUGCACAAAUUGGAAUACAAUUUGCACAAACUGGAAUAAUAUUAGCUAAAAAAUGGAAUAAGAUUUGCACAAAUUGGAAUAAAAUGCAUAAAAUGGAAUACAAUUUGCACAAAUGAGAAUUUGCACAAACUGGAAUAAGAUUUGAAACAUUUUGGAAGAUAUUUGUUAUGUUUGAGUAUAUAUACAGGAUUGCCAAAUCAAAUUUCAGGGACAUUUAUACAAUAUAUUUAAUCAGACAAGAAGUAGUAACUGCCAAAAUGAAAAUCCUGCCAUACGUGUGUGGACCUAUUUCUAUGUGUGGCAAGAUGUACAUUAAUUGGCACAAAGGUAUAAUAAAAGACCAAUUUUUACUUGAUAAAACUGGCAAACCUUUGGUUAUCAGCCAAAUCAAGGCAUGUUAUGACACGUGGUUAGUUGGUCACACAGGUCAAACUCUACUGUAUUAGAUGAUCUCCGAGAAUAUUAUGGUAGUCUUUUUCAGACAGCCGACAGGUGGCUUCUUAAUAAGUUUAAGAGCAGCAGUACAGGGUUUCAAAGUUGCAAACGUGGCAUAAUUACCAACAUUACAGGUUCAUGGUUUCCUACUCUGGAAGGCAGUUGUUCAGUUAAGUGAAUUACAUUUGCAUAAUCAGUCAAGUGCAAGAAGUGAAGCACAAUUGGUAAUCGAUUUGUCAUUCAUAUAAUGUGGAAGGUGAGCUCAAAUUGAAACAAUCAUUGUCAUGAAAUUUGCUUCCCUGUUCUGUUGUUUUGCUAAACCACUUAAUGGAGUGCAGUUGGCAUUCAUUUCAAAGUAUACAACUAUACUGGCACAAUCAAUCAAUGGUGAAGUGCUCAAGUCUGGUAGAUACUGGGUUCAUUCCUCAGUAUCGGAUUUCAGCCAGACUGAGUUUUAAUGAAUCAUUGGGUUCAAGACAACUGCACCGACUUCUCUCUCUCACUAAUUGUUCUUCUGGACAGACAGACCAGAUAGCUGUGAUGUGUGCCCAGGAUGGCAUACUUGAACUUUUCGAUACAAGGACUGAAAUGAAGUUGAAGUUAAAUGAAUCUGAUACCUUGUUUUUGUUGUGUGCGAGUGUAAUCUGUGAUAUACAAGCCUUUGGAGAAAGGAUGACUGGGACGUUUAUUGUUACAAUGACCCAUAUGCAAGUUACUGUUGAUCGAAAUGUUCAUGAUGUUUUCUAAAGAAUUUAAAUCUCCAUGUUAACAUUUUCUGUUUUCGUUAAAUUUAUAGUCUUGUUGGUGUAAAGAAUGUUUAAGUUGAUUGUUAAGAAAAAUUAUUUACAUGACAUGAUUAGUAAAUACAUGUAUGUCUAAUAUUAACAUCUGAGAACAGUUCUUAAUGAUCUUGUGGGGUUUUUUAAAAGAUAAUUUCAAAGUAUAAGAAAAAAAAGUGAAAAACAUUUUACAAAUACAUGUACUUCGUUCUUGGUUCAAGCGUCGCAGUGUGUUCCACCCUUCCGAGGUUGAGCCAACGAGAUUCUACUGUAUGUAAAUAUAUGUACCGGUAAUACUAAACAAUAUCUUUACUUUAUGUGUACAAAAGAUAUAAUGGCUAUGUUUAUUCUGAAAGACGUUGAACAUAAUAUUGUAUGGUAUUUAAGGGUAAUUAGUUGCUUUAAGAUAUCUUUAUGAUGCAUAAAUUUUGUCAAAAAUUUCAAAACUAAUGUUUUGUAUAAUAUUAUGUUUUAUUUAUUUUUUUGAGAAUAAAAUUGUUAUUGUUAUUGCAUAGAAUGAUGAACACUGUAAUCAACCAUUUAUCGUGUAAUAUUAAAAAAAAAUAGAGAAGAAAAUUGCAUUUAUUGCUUAAUGUUUUCUCUCCUUAUAUAGAACAGUCUUCGUUUGUUGCCAUCUCACAUAUUCAGUGAGGUGCAUGUAGUCAAAGAAGAUAGUUUUCAAUCACAUCUAAAUGUGUAAAUCUUUUACAUGUUCCAGUUUAAUGUUCUGAUUUUUUCUUUUAUUAAAACAUUAACGGGACAGUCCGGAGUUUGCUGCUACUGUCAUGUGUUUCUCACUAACAGAGCCGCUUUAAAAACGGAAAUUGCAUAUUAAAUACUUUUUCUAGUUCAGUAUAUCACCUCGGUGGAUCCAUUGAGCUGAUUGGAUUUUUUCUUGUUCCAACCAGUGUACCACAACUAGACAAAGGUAAGUUAGUUAUUAAAAACAUGUUAAUAAUUGCAGCAAACACAGAACAGUUUCAGUAAAUUAGAAAACCCUCGUCAAAUGCCGAUGAGUUAGGUUUGAUGGGUAGCAUUGGGUUGUAACUGUAUGUUAGUAACACACACACACACUAAUAAUCUAUAGUUUAUCCGAGAUGUAUGUAGCUAUUCUGCCUAUAUAUCCGUGUUUGCAGAACAAGAGUAUAUUGGUGAAUACAUUAGUCUUUCACAGUAUUACAUUUUAUGUUUAUAUAUUUCUGUUUAAAUGUACAGUGCAUUUGAAUAUCACAUUGUUAUGAUAUGUAGUUAUGUAUAUGAUGUGGUUUUUGGUUUAAUUUUUGUGUACAUGUUGUCAUUGGUGUUGGACUUGUUUUGAAAAUAUAUGCAUGUAUGUGUGAGCUAGAGAAUGAUGGUAUAGAUUUUGUUUUUAAUGCAUAACACCACCCCACCAGAAUUAAAUAAAUAAAUAAACUGGCUUUAUUUGCAUUGAAAAAGAUAACAAUUCACCAGACUUAGCAAGCAUAACAUUUUAGAACCGCCCCAUUUGUGUAACCACCCUGAAUUGUCAGAUUAUUGUUGUGUCAGGGUAUAAUAUCCUGAACUCCAAAAGAAAUGUCACACAAUUGAGCAUCCAUAAUCAUGUAGAGGUGAGAUGUAGCCCAGUGGUAAAGCCGAACCUUGAUGAGCGGUCGGUCUAGGAUCGAUCCCCAUCUGUGGGCCCAUUGGGCUAUUUCUCGUUCCUGCCUGUGCAUCAGGAAAGGUAUAUCAA